AUGGAUCCCCACCUGAACAACAUGAGAGAAGGAAGACUGGAGAAGUUGAUUUGUAAAAAGCAUGCACAAGGGACUGACUACAAGGAGAAGACAAAAUGCACUGUUGCUCUCGGGGCCCAAAGGGUCCUUCUGGUGGUGCUGAGGGAACCUGUGACAGCGUCCUCUUCUACCUUCCCCGAUUGCCCAACUUUAACCAAAAAACAAGGGCGAGGGGGAGUCGUGGGGCCGAGCCAUGCUGCUCCCUGGACACAGAACCACAGUUACACGGGAUGCACAGGAUUGCUUAUCCAAUUCAACUCCCUGCCCUGCACAGGACACCCCCAGGAGUCACACCGUGUGCCUGGGAGUGUUGUCCAAAGUCUUCUUGAGCUCUGCCAGGCUUCGUGGUGUGACCACUGCCCGGGGGAGCCACCUCCAGGGCCCAAACCACCAUGUCCUAACAUCCAUCUUAAACCUGCCCUGACACAACUUCAGGCCAUUCCCCGGCCCGUCCCGAUGUGGCCCCGCCCGGCUCCGGGACGGGCGCAGGAGCAGCCCCUGCCUGUGCCCCCUCCGCGGAGCGCGGCUGUCCGCGGGCGGGCCCGGGAUGCGCUGCGGCAUCCGUCCCAGUGUCUCUGCGUGUCUGCCUGUCUGUCUGUCUGUCCGCGAGAGCGGGAGGGCGCGGGGGGCUGCGCGCUGCCCGGCGGGGGCGGCGCUCGCUGCAGCGCCAGCCCCGCUCCCGGGCGGUCACGGCGGACGCGGCCGGGGCGGGGAGCGCGGCCCCAGCGCCCGGCAUGAACCCGCGUCGGGGGCUCGGAGGCGGCGGCGGUGCCGAGGUACGAGCCCCCGCCCCCGGCAGGUGCAGGGUCCUCCCCCCGCCCGCGGCACCGCCUGCCCUUGCGGGUCCGGGGCUCGGCGCGGUCCCGCCCGCGGAGCACCGAGCCGAGCCGGCAGGGAGGGGAAGGGGAGCCGCAGGGCGAGCAGCGCUGCCGCGGCCGGGCCAGCCACCUCCGGGUCCAUGAGCCGCCG